AUGCUUAGAAAGAUUUUAUAUCAUGAGAUUAUUCUGAUCAGCAAAUCAUAAAUUUUUAUUUUUAUAAUAAUAACUUAAUUAAAUUUUUACUCGUUAAAUGAACUUGGAUUAAGCAUUCACAUUCGGAUAGGAUUGUUAUAAUCAAGAUUUAAUCAAUCUGUCUAAGCAUCCUAAAAUAAGUAAAAAAUCACCAUUUUAUUCAAUUGUCAAACCAACCACGUAUUUUUGUCACAAUAAAAAAGAUCAUAAAAAAAUUAUAGAAUCAAGGAUACAUCUGUUUAAUAAUUAACAUAGACAAUAUAAAAAAAUAUGAAUAAGGAGAAUUAUAAUUCUCGUCAAUGUAAUGUUGCAUUACCUAAACACACUCGAAAUCCAACAGAUCUGAAUUUAAUGAGAUUUGACACAUCCCCAAAUUCUCAAAUAGAAAUAUCCAACAAUUCUAGAGGCAAUAACUCACAAUAAGACAAUUAAAGAAAGCUAUCAUUCAAUACACCCAAUCAAACUAUUAGAACUUCAUUACCUCCUGUUAAUAAUAGUGAGAAAUAUAGAAAGUUAGCCUUAUCAAUGAAGGAACUCAUUUAAAAGUAGAAAUACAGUUAUCAGAUUGGAGAUUAUGAGGAAUUGGAGGUUAUUUUUGAAAAACUAGAUUUACUUUGUGAUUAACUUUGA